AGUAGGUGUGCCCGUUGAGCUGCUUCUAACAGGAGACAAAGACCUAGAUUGUGUUUAUGAAACUUUUAUAAAACGGACGUACAACCUCGAACUCGUUGAGCACCCGGAAACUUCGUCGAGCUCAAGCAGGAAGCACAAAAAUCCUCGAACUACAUCUGCAUCUGGUCGUGGACAAAAAGGCUCUCGCUGCCGGACGAUUAUUUGCGGCUAUAGAAACACUCCAGAAGUACCAGUAUCGACAGCAAGAGACUUGCAACAGCUGCUGACGUGUGUGCAGGCGAACAGGAGAAGAAUGAGGAGGAGUCAAGAUGAAGAAGCCACAGCAGGUGGAGAUCAUUCUAAUGCAGUAGCUUCGGAUGAAGAGGAAGAUUCUGUAGCUUCGGAUGAAGAAGAAGGAUCUUAUGUGGGAGCAGUAGCUUCGGAUGAAGAAGAAGAAGAAUUAAGGGUAGGUUAAAGGUGCUUUUCUUACCGCUUUUUAUGCCUCUCCUAAGGGAGAAAGGCAUAACAAGCGGGGUAAGCGAGCACCAAAAACCUACCUCUAAAAGAAGAAGGCGAGAGCAAGACCAUAAUGUCCUCACCUGCAGAGAUCCAAGCGGGUGAUCAAGAGAUCGAUGACGAAAUCUCUUCGGAUGUGUCAAAAUGCGACUUGGAUGCACUGACUCUUGCGAUUGUGCGGGAUGGGCAACUUGAAGCAUCUGACUCUGAACCUGGAAGUGCUUUUGAAGAAGGUUUUGAAUAAGCUUAUACUGGAUGAAGUGACCACUUCGACUAAUAUUUUAUUGUUCGGGUAUCUUCGAGAUCUUUACCAUGAUGCUUUACGUUCUUUACUCGAGGUGAUUGCUUGACAUUCAUCAGGCAUGGUGGGAUAAUUUUCUACCUGUGUCAUUGGUUCACUGUUGUAUUACGUUUAGUAUUUCACUCCGAUGCUCCUCCAUUUCCAUCCUCUUUUAUCAAGUGAUUUUUUUAGUUUUUCUUUGAGAUCAGG